UCCCGUCGAGCUAGAGCAAUCACGUCCGCCGCCAGUCCUCAGCUUUUCUCCUCGACGCCCACAAUGCCCAGAGAAAAGCAGGUCUUCAAGAUAAAGAAGGCCCUCAAGGGUGCCGCUCGCCUUCCAAAGCGCGUCCGCAUCUCGGGUGGUCAGGGAGGUGGCAGGAACAACAUGAAUCCCAUGCCUGGCGAGCUGCCCAUCGUCCUUCUGCGUGUACAGGUUAUUCGCUGCAACAAUCUGCUCGCGAAGGACAAGAAUGGGACCAGCGACCCGUUCGUUGUCGUCUCACUCGCGCGGAACAAGAAUUCUACGCCAGUGAUCAAGAAGACACUCAACCCGGUUUAUGUGGCGAAAGAUGCGACAUUCGACUUCCCAAUCUAUCUGUCCCUCGUUGGCAGGCUUGGCGUGCUUGAACUGAUUGUUUGGGAUAAAGACAUGCUCAAGAAGGAUUAUCUCGGGGAGGCUUCUCUUCUGCUCGAAGAUUGGUUCAAAGAAGGAUCUCCGAAGGAUUUUGAUGAUCCAACCACUGAACCCAUCACAGUCAACAUCACGUCCACGCGAGCGCGCACAAGUGCCUCCGGUUCAAUUCAAGUGAAGCUCGGCUUCGCACGGCCGGAGAACGUAAAUCACACAUUGAGCUUCGACGAAGUCUAUGAAGAGCUCUUACGUCGUACGCGAAAUGCACGCAUGAGCUUGGUCUCUGCUCCGCCGACGGAAGGUAUUGGAACUGUCCGCACUACCGACGCGAUCCCUGCGUACGAAGAUGACGGUCUCAGCUCGGAUGAAGACGAAGAGGAAGACGAAGAGGAUGAGCGUGACGACGAGACAGCAAUACCGAUUGAAGUCCAACUGUCUCCUCCUUCCACACCUUCUCUCCCUCCACAACCGUCUGAAAACGAGUCUGAGACACCUAAAGGAGCAACGGCCCCCGUUCCUGGUGUGAAUAUUGUCGCGCCCUCCCCGAUUACGCCAACGACUACUCCAGCGUUGCCGGUCUCAGGUUCUAAGACCUCUCUGGGUGCUAAGAUACCACGUGUUUUCAAGAACAAGAAACGCCCAAGUCUCCAGUCUGCCACUUCAACAGAUUCUAGUGCUAGUAAUCUUACUUCGUCAGGUGCGCCUUCCCCAUCCCCCACGUCUCUAUCUCGGCCGUCUACGCCCGGUACACCGUCUGCAAUUCCCAGUUCGGCAAAGCGAUCCAAAUUCAAGCGUAAAUGGCGUACUCGGAGUGGAGAUUACAAUUUCAACGCCUCAAAUGAUAUCCUCGGUAUUGUCAUGCUUGAAAUUAAGAGCGCAGAAGAUCUCCCAAAGUUGAAGAAUAUGACUCGGACAGGCUGGGACAUGGAUCCGUUUGUUGUCAUUUCCUUUGGCAAGAAGGUCUUCCGUACACGUGUUAUCCGGCAUUCUCUAAAUCCUCAAUGGGACGAGAAGCUCGUGUUCCCGGUUCGGCGAUACGAAGCAAAUUUCAAAGUUCGACUCUCAGUUCUUGAUUGGGAUAAGCUUUCUUCGAAUGAUCAUGUUGGAGAUGCGAAUUUCGAUGUCAAUGAGUUAAUCAAGAAUGCGCCAAAGAAAGACGAAAAUACGAGCUUGUAUCCUGAUAAUGCGGGGCAGUCAGACAACGAGAUGCAGGACUUCAGACUCAGCUUGACGACUGAGAAGGAAAUGCCUUGGGAGGCGAAGCACAAUCCUGUGCUAACGGUUCGAGCGAAGUAUCAACCGUACGAUUUGUUGCGUCAGCAAUUCUGGCGACAAUAUCUUAAGCAGUAUGACACGGAUGACAGUGGCAUUAUUUCGAGACUCGAGCUUACUUCUAUGCUGGAUUCACUGGGCUCGACGCUGUCAAGGGAAACGAUUGACGCGUUCUUCGUUAGAUAUGGGAAGAAGCCUGACGAAGAUGAGCUCACGUUUAACGAGGUAAUUCGGUGCCUGGAGGAGGAGCUUUGUCGACCACCAGCUGAGAAGAAGCGCCUUAGCACCGAGGAUGCUGGCGGACCGGAUACUAGUGUGCCGUCUACCCCUUCGCUCUUGAAUAGUGGAAACGGGGUGACUCCUCCUGGCCCAGGUCUUGGUCUUGAGAACAUCGACUUCUCUGGAGCACCAACUCAUCCUACUGCUGUCCGAGAGGAUUCCAUUCCUGUAUACCCGACGGAGCCAAAUCAACAGCCUCUCACUAAAGCUACGCAGCCGAUCAUUGACUCUGCAUCUACGCGGGUUCCUGUCGGAUUCCAGCCUGCGGUCGUUGCUGCUGCUGAUCGACAUACACCAUCAUCGUCUUCCUCAGAUGCGGAUAACGAUGAAUCUUCGGGAAAUAAUUCGGAUGAGAGCUUUGAGCGCGUUAUCAACGUCAAGAAUUGUCCGCUGUGCCAUAAACCGAGGAUCAACUCGAGAGCGGAGGUUGAUAUUGUCACUCAUUUGGCUAUUUGUGCGAGUCAGGAUUGGGCAAGGGUGGAUCGUAUUGUUGUCAAUAACUUUGUGACUGCUAGUCAGGCGCAGAGGAAGUGGUACACCAAGGUGAUCUCCAAGGUUUCUUCUGGAAACUACAAACUGGGCGCGAACUCUGCCAAUAUCAUCGUGCAAAAUAGGAUCACUGGUCAACUCGAAGAAGAGAAAAUGCAAGUGUACGUUAGGCUAGGUAUUCGACUAUUAUAUAAGGGAGCAAAGAGCCGAAUGGAAGGUGCAAGGGCUCGCCGACUUCUCAAAUCACUAUCUAUCAAACAAGGCAUAAAAUACGACUCACCCGAGUCCGCUAAUGAUAUACCCGCAUUCAUUCAAUUCCACAAGCUUAAAGUAGAUGAAAUUCUGGAUCCGCUCGAUUCUUUUAAAACGUUCAACGCGUUCUUCUAUCGAAAAUUAAAACCAGACGCAAGGCCUGUGGAGGCUCCCGAAGAUCCGACGCGCCUUGUCAGUGCCGCCGAUUGUCGUAUGAUGGCAUUUGAGACUGUCAGCGAAGCGACUCGGCUGUGGAUUAAAGGCCGUGAGUUCAGUGUUGCCCGCCUGCUGGGUGAAACGUACCGUGAUCAAGCGGACAAGUACAACGGUGGCGCACUUGCUAUCUUCCGACUUGCACCCCAGGAUUACCACCGGUUCCACUCUCCCGUGGAUGGUAAGAUUGGGCCUAUGACCUACAUUGCUGGGGAAUAUUAUACUGUUAACCCUCAGGCUAUUCGAACGGCACUUGAUGUAUAUGGAGAGAAUGCGCGGAAGAUUGUGCCUAUUGACAGUCCUGUAUUUGGUCGAGUCAUGGCUGUCUGCGUGGGUGCAAUGAUGGUCGGAAGUAUCCUUACUACUGUCCAAGAGGGUGAGGAGGUAAAGCGCGGUCAGGAGUUUGGAUACUUUGCAUUUGGUGGUUCUACUAUUGUGUGCCUUUUCGAAAAGGGUGCCGUUGAGUGGGAUGAAGACCUCUUGAUCAAUGGAAGAGCAUCCCUUGAGACACUUGUCCGAGUAGGUAUGGGCAUUGGUCGCGUACGCAAACCUACUGCUUCGAACGGCAACGGCAGCAGGUCUGGAUCCAGGUCGCCUGCUGUCCAAGCGAAACCGGUCACAUCGUCACCAUUGACUCAGACUCCAGUCUAAUGUAGUCGUCUGUAGGCUCUCAAGUUACCCACCCUCACUCUUGAACUUUUCUUUCGCUACCUUGUUCCCAUAAUAAUUAUUCCCUUACUUUACCUUCUCGUCGUGCGUUCUAUUCAUCGAUUUGAGUUCCAACGCUGCAUAUUAUUCUAUUCCAAUCGUUCUUGCAAUGACCCGCUAUUUAUUCUACUUGAAAUUGAAGGAAGUUUCUGCCGAUAG